CACCGGUUGUCAUUUUUCAGUUGUGUCUACUUAUCCCGGUGCUUCAGUCGUGUGCUAUGGUUUUACACCCGAUUUCAUUGGCAGCAUUCACUGUCAUUUGUAUGUGUAAUGUAAAUUAAUUAAGUUAGCAGCUGAAAGCUGUGUCAUGGCAACCCUCCUGGAUCGACUGGCAUUUUUGCAGAAAGUCCUAAAGAUUCUUCGCCAUCUGUGUGAUCAAGGAUCUUCACAGUUUGUUCUGGAACUCAGACGAAAUGCAACAUUUAUUCAGGAAGUAGCAGCAUUCAGUGGCCCUCCAGAUCCUGUUCAUGGGAAUGCUUUGUUCCAAAUGGUGCGUGCUGCUGCCCAGGAACUGGCAAGUAUGCUGUUUACGAAUGUCCUUUUACCAUUGGCUGAUACCCCAUCUUCUGAAAUGCUUCCUCAGACAGGGAUGGGGUCAGGGUUUGCAUCCACGUCUGUCUUGCAAGGCUUCGGGAACACAGCAGGGAAGAUUAACUCUAGUGAGACAGUGCUAACUACAAUCCAGAAAGCAGCUGAAGUAGUUGCCAGUGCCAUUCUCUCUCCUCUUCCAGAAUCCGUCAAUAAGCAGAGAAGCUGCCUUCAAGAUGAUACUUAUCAGCCAGUAACUGCUCCUUCUGCUGUUGUUGAGGUCACAGACACUGAUAAGCCCUGUCCAGCUGUUGCACGAGUUAGACGGUACCUCCCUGGUCACCCAGGAGGUGGAUGGGAAGAAAGUGACAGUGGCCACAGUUCACAGGAUUCUUCACAGGAGAAUUAUGGCAUCAGCAGAAUAUCAGAUGCAUGCAGUAAAUGUGGCAGUGACAGUCACUCUGGAGCUAGCAGGGAAAGUGGAGAUUUGAUAGAAAGAGUGGAAGGAAUGAGUCUAGGUGACUGCACUCAAGAAGUACUAUUGAUAAAUUCUCUCACCCAGGUCUCCAGAGUUUUCCUGACAAGAGAAGAAAACCAGAAUUUUUUGAAAGAGUGUGCUCUGCUUAACUGCGAUGUUGUGCUGGAUUUGGUAAACAGAAGACUACUGGAGGAUCCUAGUGAGGCUGCCAAAAUGAGAAUGAUGAGUGCCAUUUCUUCGCUGAUUUGCUCAGACCUGCUGUCACAUGAACAGAUUUUCACAGUCACUCAGCCUCAUCUUCAAUUGCUCAGCAACAGCACCCCAGGACCCAUUGCCAACCGAGCAACCAAGCUAUUAAGGCAACUUCUGGCUUUAACACGGAGGGAUAUGUCAUCAAAAGAACCACAUGCUAAAGUAGUUCCAAGUGAAUCUCCAGUUGUGCCACAAAUAGCAAACAGAGCCAUAGUGAGUAGUGAUCCUACCACACGAGAGUAUAUGAUACCCAUAGUUACUUCUGCAUCUGAGCCUCUCAAAAUCCAGAAAGCUAGGGAGACAACUAUUAAUGCACUCACACUUCCUGUUUCUUUCACGUCUGAUGAGAAGGUGAUGACAGAAGCUCACAGCAAUCAGCAAACUGACAAAACUAAAGAGGGGGUGCCAAAUGCGACUUUACCACUGACAGGUAAAGCUGAAGGGCGUGACUUACUUUUAACAGAGUCUGCAGAGGAUAAACAGACUCGCCAAAGGCACAAACUCUGCAUCUGUGACUAUGAAGUGUCUGGCCACAGGGCAUCUCUCUUUGAUGGAAUGGAAUUUAUUUUGCGGGAACGAACAUAUGUUGCUGCCUGUUCUCCCACAGAGGUCUCAACACCGGAGAGGACUUCUAGGUCUGCAGAAAGGCUACACCAUCAGACAGCCGUAGCUUCAGAAGAACUUCACACUAGUACUACUGAAUCAUCUUCUGGUUCAGAACUGAAUUCAUGCUCUGCAUUUUCAUUUUUAAAUGUCUAAAUAAUACAUUCUGUACAGUGAAUACUUUAUUUCUAAAAUGGUUGCACUGCCAUUUGUUACAACAUCUUUGUUGAGUAAUCUACCUCCUUCAGUUUCAUAUAUAACCCACUGUUGUCAGGUAAGUAGGUUUUCUUGCUGAAGUAUAAGCUGUCCAAGCAGAUAUCUGGUCCCAUUUUUUCUUUCUUCUUUUGGCUCAGGCAUUCCAUUUUGUAGUGGUUAUUUCAUAGAGACCAUACAGAUCUGUCUUCUCUUAUCCCUCACCUUCUACAGAAUGCUGUAAAGCAGUACACAUUGUCUCCCUUAAGUGAAAAGGGAAAUAUUUAUGUGGUGAUAGUGGAUGGUAGAAUGUCUAAUCCUUGGCUAGGAUGUUGAGGGGAAGAUGUAUACAGCAGUCUUCCUGAGGCUGUGUUAGUUGGAAAUAUAGCAGGAAAAUUAAAGAUUGCAAGGGACAAAUAUAGCAGUUGUAUUGAAGGGUGGGGGGAAUGCAGACUGUUGGUUAACUACGUUCAUCAGUGUGUUCCACAGGCAGGAUUACAGACUUAUUUGGUGGCCAAAUUAUUGCUCUGAUAUCUUGCAUUUCCCUCUUAAGCAUCUGUAUAUCUCCUACCAGCUUGCUGUCUCAGAUUCUCUAUGCUGACCCACAUUUUCUUUGGGAUUCCAAAAUGAGCCCCAGCAGACAGAAUAACCUUAAUAUUCUAGCACCAGUGUAAGGCGAGACUUCCUAAAGGAGCUGCAUUUUGUCUUCAUCAGACCAUAUAUCACAACUAGUACCACAACUGCCAAGUGUCAGAGCAUCCUUUGCGUUAGUCUUUUCCUGCUUAUUUUCAUUCAUUUCUUGAUUUGAACUCGCAGUUGCUAAGAAGAGACUGCAGAACACUGGUCUCGUUGGCAGUCUCUGAAAGCUCAGUGUGUUUCACAACAUCACAGAUAUAUGCUACUUGCUUGUUAAGUGUUAUAAGAUCAUAUGUCAAACAUGAGUGCUGAGUUCACAAUGGAGAACAAGUUGUGCAACUGUAUUGCCUUUUUUGUGCUUCCUCUGUUGUUUAUUUCUGCAUCACCUUCAGCUAGUGUCCAUGUUUUUCUGCGACAAAUAGACCGUACAGAGUACUAAACAAACAAGCAAAUUCUUUAAUAAGUCAUGAAGAUAUUUUCCUCUUGCUAAAUUUUAGUUGUUAAAAUAUUGAUACAGAAUGCUUCAAGAAAAAAGAGGCAUUGUUGCACAAUUUGCACUGAAUAACGAGCUUUUUGGUACUGCUGCAGUCUGCAAAGGUAUGUUAAUAAAGCAUUAUUCUCGUCCCCCACCCAUGAAGAAUAUCCUGGAGACAACACUAGGAAUGAACUUGACUUUAGUUUGGUCCCAAAUAAAUUGGGUCUUAAUCCAGUUUAGCCAAAUUAAAUGUGCAGAUUUUUUCAAGUUCUACAGAGUUAACUGCCAGUGUCUUUGCAGGUCUUACAGACGGAGUGGGUUAAUAUGCAUAAUUCUCACAAUACUAAAGAUGUAUGCAUUGGUGCUGCUAGCAGUCUGCCUUCUUAUACUACCCACUAAAAAGUGUCACAGUUACUUUAAAAAUAAAAUUGCAUUUAAACAUGA